AUGGCGCCAAAGAAGGGAGCUGCAAAGGCAAAGAGCGGAGCGUCGGACGAAACGCCAAAGAAUGCUCAAGGUCGGGCUAAAGAAGACGCAAAACCGAACCAAACAUCGAAACCAGCUACGAAUGCCAAUCUCGUCGAAGACACGCUGAGCGAUACCAGCAGAUCAUCGAAGAAACGCAAAAAGACCGAAAAUGAUAGCUCGGAACAGCCAGCGAAAGCAGCACGAAGGUCGGGGCGAGGUGGUUCGAAACCACAGCCUUCCCAGCAAGCGCUUCUGAACYACCUUCUGUCGAAAGACGCAGAGGAGCUCUGCAGGCCAGACGACGAGACCGAAGACAUCAAGACUCGUGGUGGCAGUCUUCGUACAUACUCCUCGGUAUUGAAUCCGUUCGAAGAACUCAUGAGCGCGAUGAUCCUGUCCCGUCCCAUUUCGCAUCGUCUUGGCUUGCGUUCGAUCAGAACGGUGAUCAAUGAGCCUUACAGCUUCACGAGCGCAAGAGCCGUGGAGGACGCGGGAGAGGAUAAGCGACACCAAGCUCUUUGGGAUGCGAAAACGCAACAUAAAGGCAAGACUGCGGACCAGCUGGCCGGACUUGCGGUUGUGGUGCUAGAAAAGUUAUCCUCUGGCGGCAACGAUGAUGGCUCCAACUUGACAAAAACGCUGGAAAACGAUGAUGUGGAUGAAGCGCUGGCACUGCUCAAAAAAGAGAUCAAAGGUCUUGGACCUACUGGAUUGGACAUCUUCUUGCGUCGCGUGCAAUGGCUCUGGCCAUCAUCCUUUCCAUACAUCGAUGGCAGGACGCGGCAGUCACUGAAGCAAUUUGGUCUGACUCAAGACGCUGGCGAGCUGCAGGGUGUCCUAGACGAGCACUGGAGCAAGCUCAACACCAAGAAUCUCGCAGGUGAUGAUGAGGAUGCACGAAAACGUAGGGCUUUCGUCGUGAUUUUGGAGAGAGCCAUUGGCGCGGAUCUCGAGGGCAAGGUCGAUACUCUUAUCGCAUCUGCGAGCGGUGCUGCAUAG